AUGGCCACACAGGUCUUAGCAGUCAACUUCCAUCCACUUGUGAAACAAUAUCUACAAAUGGCUGGACUCGGGACGACUCAACCACAAACAAUCGUCAAAAGUUUACCGGCUGCAAUCGGAAAACAACCACCUAAUCUACAAACAUUGACUGCUUUAGCUAAUAUGUUAACAUCUUAUCCAGGAAACGUCAACGGAAGAACGUUAACACCAUCCAACAUUUUAACAUCACUAACUUCUGAUGCUUAUUUAAGUAAAUAUCCAAAUCCUAGUGAUUUUCCACCUGUGUCAUUCUUAGAAUCUUUAUAUGGAACAACUGCCAGUUCUCAGUCUUCAGAUGCAUCGUUAGUAAACAGUUUAGUUUUAGCUUUAUUGAUAUUAAGCAACUUAUUAAACUUACCCCCAGAAUCUUCUCCUGAAGCAAAUGUCACAGCUUAUCCUCUAUAUGAAAAAUCUGAACCUAUUAAACCAAUUUCAGUAUCAUACGCGCACCCUCCAAGUCAAGCAGUUGUAACUUCAUUGCCGAACCAAUCUCAAUCUUCAUCUCAAAGUAAUACAGCUUCAUCUCAUAAUGCAUACUAUAGUUACGAGCAAAAUCAUGCGAAACAAAAUUAUGAAUCUCAGAGCUAUGCCGUACCAGCAAAUUACGAUGCCCAGAGUAAUGCGAUGCCAAAUUCAAACUUCCUUGGGUCUUCAUCGUUUCUUGAUUUUAAUCCUUUGAUGAGUUCUGUUCCUGUACCUUCGUCUGGUCAUAGAAAUGGUUUAUCAUUAAUGUCUCCUUACGAAGCGUUAAGCCCGAGUUCUCCUUUCUCAGAUUCUAUCCUUUCAUCACCAUAUGGUAUGUCAAUGAAUUCGAAACUUCAAUCACCAUAUUCCAUGCUGUCUGAAACUAAGGACGUGUUGAAUUUUAGCGAUUUCUUUUGA